CUUAUUUACUUGUUUCAUUUAUGCUUCUUUCAGAUUAAGCUACAAUGCAGCAUAAACGUGAAGUAGACACGACGAAUAACGAACACAACAUGUGCUCUUUCGGCUAACAGAAACGAAGGAAAAAUAAAAACAAACCAGAAAGUAUUUAAUAAAUGAUAAUUUGUGUUCUCUUAUUACAAAUCCUAUCUCUUAUUAAGAUAGGAAUAUGGUUCAUAAUCUUUGGGCACGUCGAAUUAAUGAGUGUGAAGAGUACAUCCGACAUAUUCGUAGAUCAAAACUAAUCAGUGAAAUGAAUUUAUGGAAUUUAGUGAGGAAGGAGGCGCUUUAUGCUUUCUUUCUGCAUCACUUCAUUUAACAAAAACACAUAAUUGGACUGCUUGAAAGAAUAUCGGUAAGUAGUAAAUAAUAAAGCAUCCAUUGAGAAAAUAAAAAGAAAAAAACACAAUUUUGAUAUCUCUUUAUCAUGAAGCAUAUGCCUCAUAGCAUAUACUGGAAUAUCAUGUACUAAUACAAAACACGUGCGUUUUCGGGAAAUUAAACCGAUUGAAGACGAAUGAAACCGUGAAAGACGAAAAUUUUGACAAGUUUUCAUUAAGCGUAUCAGACUAAAUUACUUUCAUUCAGCUAAAAUCAUUAAUUAUUUUUAAAUGGAUAUUAAAAAGGAAGUGGAAGAUGGAUAUAUCGAUACAUCGAUCGUUAAGGAGGAAUUUGAAGUUAUAGAACCCACAAAGUUUGAGUCCAAACAAGAGAAUGAAGAAUCAUACGGGUACAUACCUCCAGAAUCAAUCAAACAGGAGCCAUUAGAUAUUACCUUCAUAAUAAAAGAAGAAGAUCCCACGUCAUACAAUUAUGAAUAUGAUUCAGGUGAAACCAAACAUAUUCCUGAUGACCGAGCUUUUCCCUGUUCCGAAUGUGGUAGGGCUUUUAAAACUAAAGGACACCUUAAGAGACAUGUGCAAAUUCAUAUAGAAGGCAGGCCUACAUAUUCAUGCUCAGCAUGUGGAAAAGUCUACAAGAUUCGUGUUUGCAUGGAGAAUCAUGUGUGUCCAAAACUGAAGACGAAAGCCGGUGUCAAACUUGAAUGUGCGACGUGCAAAAAAGAAUUCAAGAAUCCACAAACCCUGAGGAAGCAUGAGUUUAUUCACUUACCAGAGGAAUGCAGACCCGUAUUCGCAUGUGACCUUUGUCCCAGAAAAUUCAAAUGGAGCAAGAAUUUGGCAGCCCAUAGAAAAAUCUGUACAGCUCUUCAGGCAAGAGCUACUUUAACGCCAAAUACCGACGUCAGGACAUUCGAGUGUGCCCUGUGUGGGAAGCAAUGUCUCUACAAACAGGAGAUUAAAUCCCACAUGUGGGUUCAUAUGAAAUACCGGCCAAAAUAUGCAUGCAAGAGAUGCGGGAAUAAAUACAAUACGACGCAGUAUUUGGGUCAACACACAAGGAUCUGUAUGACGAAGGAGGAGCUACCGCAGGAAGCAUGUCCAAAAUGCGGAAAUAAAUUCCAUACAAAGCUCUUGAUGGUGCAACAUUACAAUAUGUGCAAAGAAAAGUGCACAACAUGCGGGAAGAGACUCAAAUGCGAAUGUUUGUCGGAGUUCAAGAAGCAAGUUUACAAGGAAAAGGAGAAAAAGAAUAAACACACAUGCGGAGUCUGUGGUAAUACCUACAACACGUCGGCUUACAUGAGGAAACAUCGUUUACAGUGCAAUGAAUCAAUGGGGCCACCGAGAUUCACCUGCAAGACUUGUGGAAGAAAAUACCACGGAAUACAUUCGCUAAUCAAUCAUCAGAACGUUUGCAAAUGGCAAGAACGUGGACUAACCAAGAGAGCGGCCAAAAGAAUGAUGCUUCUGCAGAAACAGCAGCAAGAGGAGAAGGAAAAACAGCAGGUAAAUGAGCAGCAACAGACGCUUCCACAACCGCAACAGGAACCACAACUUCAGCAACAUCAACCAGAACAACAACAAAUGCAGCAUAAUCCAGAACAAAAUAUCAUGCAAAAUAAUCAAGAACAAUUUCAUAUACAAAAGAAGCUAGAACAGUUGCUGCAGCAACCAAACCUAGCACAACUAUUGCAGCAAAAGAAGCAGGAGAAGGAACAGAGGCAACAACAACAAAUGCAGGUGAAACAAGAACAAGAUCAAAUACAACAGGAUCAGAAUCUACAACAGAAAAAUGAAGAAGAUCAUCAGUAGCAAGGGAGACGAGAACGGCAGCACAAACAGAAACAAGAACAACAUCAAUACCUAGUUUAUCAGAAAAAGAAACAAUGGCAGCUGAAACUAUAACAAAGAUAACACUACAACAACCAGUAAUAAAAGCAACCACAAAAAGAGCAACAGGAAACCGCAGAGGAAGUGCAACUAUAAAUAUAAAUAUAAAACUAUUUAAUAUAAAAUAUUAUAAUAAUUCCAUUAAUAAUAAAACUUACCAUCAUGCA